AUAUACGCCAUUUGCCACAUUAGACCUGUUGUUACGUUUCUGCAUUAUUGUUAUGAAUUCCAUGUAAUCAGUUUAGGUACAUCCAUUUCAUGCUGUGUAUACAGUUCACCGGAAGCAUUUUGAUGUUGACUGGUACUUUUCCAUCAUUUAUUUUAACAAGUGCCAUGAUUGAUGCUGACAGAGAGAUGCUAUUCAUUACUAAGAAGCUGCUGAAACUGAAUGACGAUGUUGUAAACGAGUCAAUCGUGACUUUCACCUCGGAAAAGAAAGGAGAAGAAUUACGACAUUAUUACUGAUGUGUAAGGUGAUAAUUAACACAGUGGAAAUGAUAGUCUACCAUAUGACACUAUUCCUUAUGAAGUGAAACCAGACAAUGUAAAAAUACUUGAAAUUGUUCUCUAGAACAUAGUCAUACCUGUAAAUGUAAAUAGUUCAAGAAUUUCAUUCACAUUUUAAGUAAAGAAAUAACAUUAACAUCAGAUGAAAUUUAUGAUGAGAUGGAAUCUUUGGAAAAAUACGUUCUUUAGUAAAAUGCAGUAGUAGAUUUAUUGAUGAACAUUAAUAAAAUGAAAAUGGAGAUUUAGUAAAAUGGAAAAUCUAUACAGAAUAUUAAACUGCAAUGAGACAGCUUCUAUGCAAGAAUUGAAAAAGUCAUAUCAAGUUCUUGCUUUAAAGCACCAUCCAGACAAAGCAACACCCAGUCAGAGUGGUGACAGGUAUCGGGAGAAAUUUAUAAAAAUAAACAAUGCUUGGACAAUAUUGAGGGAUUCUAGGUUGCGAGAACAGUACGAUGCCAAGUGGAAAGAAAGGUGUUUAGCUCAGACUUAUCCCAUACAAGAUACUGUGGACUUUGAGGAAUUUGAAAAAAUUGAGGCAUGUGGUACUGACAUAAGUGAGGGGGUUUUGCAAAAAGCAGAAAAUGUUGAUGCUGAAUCCGGUUUGAGCAAGGGAGAUAACUGUGCUAUGGCAGUUGGUAAUGAUCAUACUGCAGGUUUAAUUGGGGAAGAAAGUUAUGAAAAUAGGGAAAGUUAUAAUUUGACAGAGGGAAGGGUUGAAUGUUCAGAAAAAGAUGAAACUGGUUUGCCAGGUAAACAACAAGAAAAUGAAAGAGCACAUGUGACAGAAUUACCUCCCCUUACAGAUGAUGAGAUCGGUUAUACCUAUAAUUGUAGGUGUGGCGGGAGCUAUAUUUUAACAGGUGUAGAUGUUAAACUAAAAUUUGAUAUAGUAUGCUGUGACACAUGCUCCCUCUCUAUAAAAGUCAUUUAUGAUGAUGAUGAUGAUGAUGAUGAUGAUGAUACAAAACGAUGUUCAACUAAAUUGUUAAGAAAAUCAUGAUGGCAUUAUAGGAAGUAUUAUUUGUAUUGUUUAUAGAGUUGCACUUCAUUGAAAUGCUUUUCUUUGACAGUAAACUAUAUUAUACAAAAAUCUAGUUUGUAUAUUUUAAGAUAUGUUCAUGUUUUUAUCUAAAAACUUCAAGAUCAUGCACAGAACUGAUGUUCAAGGUGCACUUGCUGAAGGUCAAGGUCAAAACUGAAAGUUAAGUUUCAGCAUUGGGUUCCUGUCGGGCCUACAUGUUCUAAACUCCUAUUAUGAAGUACGAGUUGAAUGUUCCAUCCUUGAAGAUGACUUGGCAUUGAUCUGCCUCAAGUUUGUCCAGAUGAUCAGAUUUCACUUGACCGCAGUUGAAAGUUGCCAGAGGUGAAAAUAGAAAAAAAAAGCUUGAAAUGACUUCUCAUGUUCAUCAAACUUUGUCAGUAGCAUCUUUGAAAGGACUUCCCUCAAGUUGAUGAAAAACAUUCCCUUGACAGAACUAAGAGGCCACCAGAACUGAAAGUAGAAAAAACAUUUAAAUGACUGUCAUGAAAUGCUUGAUGGAUGUCUGCCCAACAUGACCACAAACAUCUUUGCAUCAACCUAAUGAUUUAAGCUUGACUGAAAGUUUCAACUACUAGGGCUGUUGUUGUUACCCUUUCAUCUGCAGUUUUCAGUGUAAACUCGUUUUUCAGAAACUACUGGGACCAAAUCUUUUCAGAGUUUCUAAAAAAGCUUAUUAGCUUACUAUUCGAUCCCUUGCUUUUGUAACAUGUUUGUAAUUACAUGCUAUUUGUUGAAUAAAAUAUUGUUAAAACCAAAUCGUUUCAAACUGCACAGAGUUU